AUGCCAGAAGAACAAGGAGAUUGUGCAAUGAAACCACAAGCAGCCAAAAACAAACUCAAACCAGUCUGGGAUUUGCUUAAUAACCCGAAAGUGCAGUUUGAAGACUUGUCACAGCUACUGGCACAGUGUGAUAUGACUUUGAAUCAGUACAACUCGUACAUUGAGGCAUUGACCUCCUCAAGUGUGAUUGUAAUGAACCGUGAUGUCAAGGACUGCUGGGUGAACAACUACAAUCCACAUUUGCUGAUGGCCUGGAACGCCAACAUGGACAUCCAGUACAUUCUUGAUGAGUAUGGUUGCAUCAUGUACAUGUUGUCCUACAUAUCCAAGCCAGAACGCGAGCUGAGUGACUAUCUCAAAACAAUAGUCAAAGAAGUGAGCCCAGAAACAGAGACAGAACAAGAAGAAAUUAAAGGAGUUCUUCAAGCUUAUUCAAAACACAGAGAGGUCAGCGCCCAGGAGUCUGUGGCCCGUACGUGCAGCCUGAAAAUGAAGUCUUGCUCACGUGAGGUUGUUUUUCUGCCAACUGGUGACAACGCACUGAAAAUGAGUCUCCCGCUCAGUGCGUUGCAGAACAAAUCAGCUGAUUCUCUUAAUGUGUGGAUGACGAGUUUUGUCGACAAAUACAGAGCCAGACCCGAACCUCCAGAGUUUGAGUCCAUGUGUCUGGCAGACUUUGCAUCCCAUUACAGGGUUGUCUAUGGCAAGCAGAAGGAAGAUGGCAAGCAAAAGGAAGAUGGCAAGCAAAAGGAAGAUGGCAAGCAAAAGGAAGACGGCAAGCAUGUCAGCCUUUUGAAUGAAAUGGGAAUGAUUCAAAAACGCACAAGAGGGAAGCCUGCAAUCAUCAGGUACACAUGCUUCUCAGAGAAGAAGGACCCCGAGAACUACUACGGCAGACUGCUUAAACUCUACCUCCCCCACUGUUCAGAGUCAUCACUGAAAACUGUAAGGUUCCCAACACACCAGGAGUUUUACAAAGGCGCCUGUGUGAGCUUACCAGGAGAAGAAGCAAUCCGAGCAGUGUCUGCAAUUGUUACCAGCAACCAAAAGAAGUUCGAACAAUACAACAAAAUUGUGGAACAAGUCUUGGAUGACUUUGUAAAAAACAGCCCUGUUGAAGAUGCUGGGAACACCUUUGCUCAAGAAGUUGAGUUAGAUUGGUUGGAAUGUAUAGAGGAAAGCAAAGAAGGGGAGCCACUUCAUGAGAAUGAACAAGAUGAUGUUCUGGAGUAUACACGUUACAAACAAACAGGUGGAAUUGUGCUUACUGUGAAGGCCCCACAAAUGUGCCCUGUUUUCCUUUGGAAAACUGUACAGAGACCUUAACCGGACACAAGCUCAGACAUUCUACUCAGUUUGUGACUGGUGCACUAACCAUGUGCGUGGCCUAAAUCCUGACCCAUUUUAUUACUUUGUCACUGGUGGAGCAGGGACAGGCAAAUCACACCUGAUAAAGUGCAUCUAUACUGAGGCGACAAAGAUACUCUGUAAACAUACCAGACUACGUGAGGAAGCAGACAUAUCCAUGCUCAGCGUUUUACUAACUGCAUUUACAGGAACAAAAGCUUUCAACAUUUCAGGCAACACUUUGCAUUCUCUGCUGAAGUUGCCAAGAAGCUUUAAGCCACCCUACCAAGGACUUGGAAAUCUCAUAGAUGAAGUGAGGGCACAGCUGUCAAAUGCAGAGAUCAUUGUUAUUGACAAGGUGUCAAUGAUUUCAAAGCCCCUGUUUGCCUAUAUCGACUGGAGAUUACAGCAAAUCAAAGGCAGUAAGAAACCUUUUGGUGGUUUGUCAGUACUAGCAGUAGGAGACUUUUGCCAGGUCCCCCCGCUGGGAAAAAGUAAGCCACUCUGCGUGUUUGAGGAAAAUACCAAUGACGUCUGGAAAGACUACUUUCAGAUGAUCAUGCUGACAGAUCAUGCGACAGAAGGAUGACAUUUAAUUUGCUGAGCUUUUGAAUAGAAUCAGAGUCAAGCAGAAGACUGGCACUUUAAGCAAUGAUGACAAAGCUCUGCUUUCUCAGGCUUUGACAGAUCCCACCCACUGCCUUAAUGACGUGCUGCACAUCUUUGCCACCAACAAAGAGGUUCACAAAUAUAAUGCCGUAACUGUGUCUAUUCUCCAUUCAAAUGUUACCAACAUAGAUGCCGACAAUUACAGAAAAGACCCUAAAACAGGAGUGAUGCAGAGGCAACACCAACCUUUCAAAGGACACAAAGAUAAUCUGAUUGACACACUGCAAGCAGCUGAAGGUGCCCGUAUCAUGAUCACAAGAAACAUUGAUGUUGAAGACGAGCUUGUUAACGGGACAUUUGGCAAGAUUGCAAGAAAAAUCAUCCAGACUGAGAAUGGUGCUACUACGGUAAACAAGCUUCAAGCUUGGGCUUGUGCUGGACAAUCCAAAUGCAGGACAGAGAUACCGUAA